GCUGUUUUCCCCCUGGCUGUGACUCAGAGCGCCCAGACUGCGGGAGAAGGAGAUACCCCUCUGCUUCUGUCCCUUCACCUGGAAGCCAUCCUUGUAACCCUGCAUCACCAUGGUGCGCCCUUCUGGCCUACUAACCCGCCAAGAGGAACCAGUGCCAUUGAAGAGCAUCUGUGUGACCUUGUCCAUUCGUGAGUUUGUGGCUGGUGUGGCUGCUACCUUAAACUAUGAAAAUGAAGAGAAAUUUCCUUUGGAGACCUUCUUUGUGUUCCCCAUGGAUGAAGAUUCAGCUGUCUACAGCUUUGAGGCCAUGGUGGAUGGGAAGACAAUUAAAGCAGAAUUAAAGGAUAAGAAGAAGGCCCACAUCAUCUAUGAGAGUGCCAUCAGCCACCGCCACCAAGCUUUCCUCCUGGAAGAGGACAAGUGCUCCAGGGACGUCUUCUGUUGCAAUGUGGGGAACUUGCAACCUGGGUCAAAGGUGGCACUCACCCUGAAGUACGUGCAGGAGCUGCCCUUGGAAGCGGAUGGGGCCCUGCGCUAUGUGCUCCCAGCUGUCUUGAAUCCUCGAUACCGUUGCUCUGGAUCGCCUGAGGACAGUUGCCUUGAUUUGAAGACUCCCAUAGUCCCUUUGGAUGACUUGCCCUAUGCGUUCAGCAUGACUGCCACUGUCAGUUCCCAGCAUGGCAUUGAGACGAUCCAGUCCAACUGCCCCUUGAGUCCUAUUGAGUACCUUGGAGAUAAGAAGACUUCUGCCCAGAUUUCCUUGGCUGAUGGACACAAAUUUGAUCGAGAUGUGGAACUCCUGAUUUACUACAGGGAGGUGCAUACCCCCAGUGUAGCUGUGGAGUUGGGGAAUCCUAAAAACAACCCAGAUGGUUUGAUGAAAGAUCCAUCUGCGAUGGUGUGUUUCUACCCAAAUAUCCCAGAAGUUGAGCCAUCAGCUAUCUGUGGAGAAUUCGUCUUCCUCAUGGACUGCUCAGGGAGUAUGCAGUGCCCCAUAAGUAAACAGGAUAAAUCACAGUUGCGCAUAGAGGCAGCCAAGGAAACACUGAUUUUGCUGCUGAAGAGUUUGCCUGUAAACUGUUAUUUCAAUAUCUAUGCAUUUGGAUCUUCCUUCGAGGCAUUCUUUCCGAAUAGUGUGAAAUACACUCAGGAUACCAUGGAAGAGGCACUGAGGAGAGUUAAACUUAUGCGGGCGGACCUAGGGGGCACGGAAAUCUUGACACCGCUCCAGGUCAUUUACAGAGAACCUUCCACCCCGGGCCACCCCCUACAGCUUUUUGUCUUCACAGAUGGAGAAGUUACUGACACGUUCAGUAUAAUUAAAGAAGUUCGGAACCACAGACUGAGGCACAGAUGUUUCUCCUUUGGGAUUGGAGAAGGAGCCUCCACCAGCCUCAUAAAAGGCAUUGCCCGGGUAGGAGGUGGCACUUCAGAAUUUAUCACAGGCAAGGACAGGAUGCAGGCCAAGGCACUUAGGGCCCUGAAACACGCUCUACAGCCCGCAGUAGAGGAUGUUUCUGUGAACUGGGAUUUGCCUCGUGGUCUGUCUGCUAAAACGCUUUCACCUGAACAGACUGUCCUCUAUAAGGGUCAGAGGUUAAUUGUCUAUGCCCAGUUGACUGGGACCAUGCCGCCAGAAGAGGGAACAGGAGAAGUUUGCCUCAACUACACACUCCAGGGCAAGAGUUGUGAGAAUAAGGUGACAUUUUCCCUACAACCCAAGCUUGAUGACAACUUCACUAUUCACCGCCUUGCUGCCAAGGCCUUUCUCCAGAGCAUGGACAUAGGCUUCGGGGAGACUCCAGCAAAAACUAAAAAAGAUGUGCUGAAAGUCAGCAUUGACUGUGGAGUCAUAAGCUCCCACACAGCUUUCAUUGCCAUCAACAAGGAUGUCAACAAGCCAGUUCAGGGGCCCCUGGCUUGUAGGGACAUUCCAAGGCCGGUUCUGCUGUGUGCUGCUGCGCCGAUGCCACAAUGCAAAAGAGUUGGGUCUGCUAGGAUCUUUGGCUGUAGGCAUGGUUCACAGCCUCCACCAAAUAUCUUCCAAGCAAUGAAACUGCCUGUCCAAGACAUAACGCCCCAGGAAUUGAAGGACCUUGAUGCUGGUUCCUGGGGAUUUGACCUUCCCACCAGAGCACCGCCAGUCUUUGGAGAGACUUAUCUGGUGCAGCUGAUAUCCCUCCAAAAUGCAGAUGGUUCCUGGGAUCUAGAUGAAGAUCUGGCCAGGAUCCUAGGUAUAAGUUUGAAAGACCUAUGGUCUGCACUCCCUGUCAAGGAUGCAGAUUCCUCAAGCUGGGCCACAGUCCUGGCGGUGGUUUGGCUACAUGCCAAGGCUAAGCACCAGAAGUGUGAGUGGGAACUUCUGGAAAAGAAGGCCAGAACCUGGAUUAACAGUAAUGCAGCCUCCAUCAAGAAAAAGCUUGUGAAAGCUGCUAUUGCUUUUACCAAGUCCUCCGUGGACCCUGCUGUCUUUGGGAUCUGAGGAGACUGUCCAGAGAAAGAAGUGCCUCUCCCCUGCUGCUGCCCUUUCCUUUACGCUCUCCUGCUGUGGUGUGUUUUUCCUUUUACACCUGGCCUGUCAGUUUCUUGACAUACAAGUGAAGGAUGCCCGUCCCACCUUGCCUCUCUGUUCCCGGUUCCCUUUGGGUAGGGCGAUCCGCUGCCCCCCCCAACAUGUACCCUCAGCCAAGUGCCAAUGGUCCCAGAACCUGUUCCCUUUCUUGGAGGAAUUUAAAGCAUUUAGAUAUUUAGAUAUUUACAUUCCUUCCGGGUUUUCCAGAAUGACCACAUGAAAAACAGGUGACACAGACUCCAGACUAACAGGUACAGCACUGAUGUAGGAGAUCCCUAAAUAAGAGAAUUCAGUGCAUUAUAUUUGCCUGUUCCCUUUGGUCUUUUUUUUUUUUUUUUUUUUUUUGAGAGAGAGAGACAUGGUACAACUGAGCAAGGGGCAGAGAGAGAGAAUCCCACAAGGGGCAAAGGGCAGGGGAGAGAGAGAAGUGGGGCUCACCUGAACUGGGGCUCGAGCUCACCCAGUGUGGGACUCCCAGUGUGGGAACUGUGAGAUCAUGAUCUGAGCCGAAGUCAGAUGCUUAACGACUGAGCCAACCAGGCACCCCUAUUCCCUUCGAUCUUAUAUACUCAUCAUGAUCAGACUGCUGAGCUAUCCAAUUUUCUAUUCUAAGAUAGGACAAAGAGUUGGAAGGGAGGUUGAAAGCCAGCAUCGGGAUCAGUAUAACCUCAAGAUCACAAAGAGAGAGACUCCAUGGGUCCUCUGUGAGAGGCGGCACUGCUGGUGGCCUUCCCGGUUGAUUCCACUUGGAUUUUGCUAACCAGUAUCACAUGCCUUCCCUCCCACUGCCUAAGAGACGGGAUUGAAUCAUACCUUUUGGGGACAGAUGUUUCUCCUUAAUUGUUAAACUUUUUUUUUUUUUAAGUUUAUUUUGAAAGAGAGAGGGUGAGAGGGUGAGCUAGGGAAGGCCAGAGAGAGAGGGAGAGAGAGAGAUCCACGCAGGCUCUAUGCUGUCACUGUGGGGCCUGACACAGGACUUGAUCUCAUGAGCCAUGAGAUCCUGAGCCAAAAUAAAGAGUCGGAUGCUUCACUGACUGAGCCACCCGGGCACCCCUUAAUUGUUAAACAUCUUAGUAAGAAGCUAAUAAUGGAAUCUUUCGUCUUGGCCUGAACCCACGAGGCCUCAAAGUCAGGCUCUAUAAUCUAUAAUAAAGGAAAAAGUGGGUUUAAAGGUAGCUUUGCCUGAGACCUGAGACUGGAUCAUUCAGCCCAUGAGGAAGAAAGGGGCUCCCCAUGCUUGUUUCUGACCUUCAUGUCCCACAUACUCUGUCCUAGUGGGAAUGACCCUAUUUGACGUGGUGUCCCCUACGAUACUAUUGUAUCAAUAUUAAAAUGGCUGUCUCUACACUGCA